CUGUUUUCCUUCCCCGUGGUGGUCGAGCAGGAGUUUGUUUACGACCCCGCACCUCAACCACCGCUCACUGUGGGUAUAUAUAGAACUGUGAUCUUCACUGGACUGACCUCACGUAACAAUGUCAAACAACAAACGAAUACUCUAUGUUGGUGGCUUAGCUGAUGAAGUCACAGAAGAUGUCCUUCGAUCAGCCUUUGUACCUUUUGGUGAAGUGGUGGAUAUACAGAUCCCUCUCGACUAUGAAACAGAGAAACAUCGUGGAUUUGCUUUCAUUGAAUUUGAGCUUCCAGAAGAUGCAGCUGCUGCGAUUGAUAACAUGAAUGAAAGUGAGUUGUUUGGACGUACUAUACGAGUUAAUUUAGCCAAGCCUCAGAAGGCAAAGGAAGGAUCUUCUCGUGCUGUAUGGGCUGACGAUGAGUGGUUAAAGAAAUAUGCUGGCGCAACACUUGAAGGACAGGAAGAUGCUGAAGAAGGGACUUCUGAAGGAACUAAGCGAUCUGCAGAAGAGAGUUCCACAGGUCUACUUUGAUAUUAAAAUUGGCAAAACACUUGUGGGAAGAAUAGUGAUGCAGUUACGAGCAGAUGUUGUACCUAAAACUGUUGAGAAUUUCCGUUGCCUUUGCACACAUGAGAAAGGGUAUGGCUACCAGGGGUCGACUUUCCAUCGCAUCAUCCCUGGUUUCAUGUGUCAAGGUGGAGAUUUUACCAACCAUAACGGCACGGGAGGACGGUCUAUAUAUGGCUCCAAGUUUGAAGAUGAGAAUUUUAAACUAAGGCAUACAGGGCCUGGAAUACUUUCAAUGGCUAAUUCUGGCCCUAACAGCAAUGGAUCUCAGUUUUUCCUAACCACUGAGCGGACAGAGUGGCUUGAUAACAAGCAUGUUGUCUUUGGUCAAGUUGUCAGUGGUAUGGAUGUUAUCAGAAAAAUGGAGAAAUGUGGCUCCAAGUCAGGGAAGCCUUCUGAGAAGGUUGUGAUCUCCAACUGUGGCGAACUUGUGUGAAUACUCUCGGGAGAACAAACUUUUGUAAAAUUUUCCACAAUGAGGUGUGAGAUGAAUGUUUAAUAAAUCACUUUCAAAAAAAAUUCUGUUGUGUAACCAAUUCUGUUUGGAAUGUUUGGAUGCAUGGUUAUUGUGUAUUGAAGGGUUGUUUUCACUUUUAUGUGCUUUACUCAG